AUGCGCCAAAGGGAGAUCGAGAAGCGGCUGGCGGAGCGUGGCUUUCGGCACCAGCUCUCUUCUCAUCACUCAUCUACGGGUGCGGCUUCUUCCUUGCGUCGGUCUGCUUCCUCAUCGACAACCAGUCGCAGUUGUUCGCCGACUUCCCCGAUUGUUCCACCGGCUCUUCGGCGCACCUCGCCUUCUCAUCCCUCCACAGUCAAUCUCGAAAUCAGUCCUGGAGGGCCUUCGAGAGCGCGGCUGCGUCGUCCGCCUUCACCCUUUCGUCGUCGAGACUAUCAAAAUCGAUAUGGCGGGGGUACACGCAGAUAA